GCAGUUGUGUUUCUCUUCGCUCUCCAAAUUUCUUUGAUUAAAAUCCAUAGUUCUUAUUUGCAAUUUAUUGGCAUGGUGCAUAUUAAUCAAUCUGAGACAGUGACUCUUUUAUUAGAAUUGGAUUUAUUUAAGUGAAUAAACUUUUGGUAAAUCCAUUUAAUAUGCCUUGUGUUUGUGGGCAUAAAGUUGAGCGCCUUGAAUCUAAAGUGCAGUGCUCGAAGUGCAUUGAGUUUUUUCAUCUCAAAUGCGUAGGCAUUCAACAGGCUGAUCUUGAGUACAUGCGGAGCGUGGAUAAGCCAUUUUUUUGUAAUGUUUGUUUGGAUGUGCGCCGUAAGUCAUUUCGUUCUCCUCCUCCACCUGCUGCAGUGGAUAUGAGUGCUGAGUGCCAAAAUAAAAACACUCAUGGAAACGUAAUUACACAACAAAGUUUACCUACUGUGGCCGAUGAGCUUGCCGAAAUUAAAGCGGUUAAUGCUCGCCUCUUGUCUGCUGUUAGUGCCCUUCAUGAGGAAAAUAAGUGUUUAUUGCAAAAGUCUGACUCUCUUCAAGCGGAGAUUCGUGAAUUGCACACUAAUCUUGUUGCUAAAGAUGCUACUUUGUCUCGCUUGCUAUCGGAAAUCAAAGGUUUGCGUGUUGUUGUUAUUAGCUGCCUUGCUCAAAAUUCAAAUUUGGCAACUGAUGAAAACAAACAAUUGAGUUCGUCAUCUUCAUGCUCUUUGCCUGCUGGUGCUAUUGCUUCGCCCACUACUUCUGCUCAUAACUCAGACUCCGUCACUGGCGCGGGGAGCGCUAAACUACCGCCUCGCACUGCUAAUUCGGAAAUUAACGAAAACAAACGAGAAAAAUCAUAUAGUGACACGGUCGCUGGCGUGGAGAGUGAUAAACUGCCGCCUCGCUCUGCUACUUCGGCGCAUGCAUCGUCGACGCUUUCUUCCUAUGUUACUGCUACUGGCACUAAUAUUGUGACUGCGAUGCCAACUCGGAUGAUUGCUGCUAUUCCAUUUUCUGCUGCUGUUUCAACGUCUCACUCUUUGCAAACGUCCACUAUAAAUCUCUCUUAUGCUGCUGCUUCUGCACCUAAUCCAGCUAUCUUUACUUCUUCGUAUUUGCCUAUUUCAGCUGCUGCGUCGGCUGCGCUGCCUACUACUCUUUGCUCAACGUCUACUGCACCUGUUUGCGCGCUAAUUGGCUCUCCCGCUGCUUUGUCUGGUUCUGCUCUGCAGGCAAUAGAUGCAUUUAAUGCUUCUGGCGCUCAGACUGAUGUGGUUGUUGCUGGCCAAAAUGAUUGGAAUACUGUGCGUCAUAAAAAAGGUUCCAAGCAAAGAAAUAUCAUUGGUCGCAAUGAAAAUGUUGAACUGGAUGUUGUUGUUAGGAAGAAAUGGGUGCAUGUCUCCUCCUUUAAGCCGACCGUCAGCGAGGAGAGUGUAAUUUCGUACGUGUCCAAACAUUCUGGAAUUGACCGCAUACAUCUCGCUUGCCAUAAGCUUGUUAAGAAGGAUGCGGAUAUGAAUAAUUUGCGGAGUAUUAAUUUCAAGUUUGGUGUUGAGCCAGCUUUUUAUGACCAAGUCCUUAAUCCUAAUGUUUGGCCGUCGGAGAUUAAUGUGAGACCUUUUCGUUUUUUUCAAAAAGUGGGAAACUCAGAACCGACGAAAUAAGCGUAUCACGUAGCUCCUAUGAAUCAGCGUUCAAAGGUCUAAAAAUAUACUUCCAAAACAUGUCUGGCAUGCGCACAAAAUCGAAAGAUGUAUAUUUAGCUACGUCUCGUGUCGAAUAUGAUGUUUACGUUUUGGUCGAAACUUGGCUCAAUAACGAUUUCUUUGACGAGGAGUAUUUUGAUCCGAGCCUGUUCCAGACAUAUCGCAAGGAUAGGGAUGCGGUGAAAACUGGUCAUUUAAAAGGCGGCGGAGUUUUAAUAGCUGUAAAACGCAGUUUAAGUUCUACGUUGUUUCUACUUUUUAACCAGGAUUCUCUUCUGGAUCAAUUAUGUGUGUGCAUUUUUGGCUCCUUUGGUAAACUUUUCAUUUGUGUAUCUUACAUUCCACCUAAUAGUUCCGAUAGUUUAUAUAAUGAUCACGUAGAAAAUAUUGUUA